AUGUCAACUGAAUGGUCUUUGGAUUUCUGUCUGGUCUGUGACCGACAAACAUUGGGCGCUCCCUAUUGCUCUCAAACAUGCCGCCUCGCCGAGUUAGAUGUCGAAAACUCCUCCCGCAGAUCGAGUGAGGCCUCAACACAUUGGUCCGAGACCGCCCAAGCCCAAUCCACACUCUCCGCCUCCUCCUCACAAACAUCUCUCGCCUCCCUCAAAAGCAACGAGUCUCAUGUCACCGACCGCCUGCAAGACGAAUUACGUGAUUAUGCGAGUUGCUUCGAUCAAGUCCGCGACCUCAAACGACGCAUGACAACCACAUAG